AUAUGUUGUGAUUUGUAGUUACUCAUUUAUAUUUUUAUAAUUGUAUACUUGUGUUUGUAUUUCUUUCUCAAUAAAUGACAAUAAAACCCGCCAGCGUCAGGUGGUGUUUGUUUCCAUAUUGCAGAGAAGAACUUGAAAAAGAAAGAGUAUGGCCUUUACGACCCUUAGACUCCCUCCUUAUCCAAAGCUUGUUACCAACAACAGGUUUAGCGGCAUCUUUGCUUCUCAAUUUCAUUCUUCCGCUUUACCAUCAAGAUUGGUCCUUGGGAGUUCCUCUUCCUGUGUGGGAACUCUUAGCUUAAGCAUCAAUCAUCAUAGCUCACCAUGGUCCUCUACUGCGUUCACAUGCUUUUCUCAGACAUCAGAGCUCUCCGUUUCAGUUGAUACAUAUGGCAGUAACACGGAGAGAGUGGUGGUUCUAGUUAUUGGUGGAGGCGGAAGAGAACACGCUCUUUGCUAUGCAUUGCAGCGGUCGCCGUCUUGCGAUGCUGUCUUCUGUGCACCAGGCAACGCGGGGAUUUCCACCUCGGGAAAUGCAACCUGCAUUCCUGACCUUGACAUCUUUGAUAGCUCAGCUGUGAUUUCUUUUUGCCGCAAAUGGGGUGUUGGUUUGGUGGUUGUUGAACCCGAAGCUCCCCUUGUUUCAGGUCUUGCCAAUGAUUUGGUAACGGCUGGAAUUCCUACUUUUGGCCCUUCAGCUGAGGCAGCUGCUUUGGCAGGUUCUAAGGACUUCAUGAAGACUAUAUGUCAUAAAUAUGGGAUUCCUACUGCUAAGUAUCAAACAUUUUCAGAUGCAUCAGCUGCAAAGCAAUAUAUUAAAGAGCAAGGAGCACCUAUUGUUAUCAAAGCAGAUGGACUCGCUGCUGGAAAAGGAGUUGCUGUUGCUUCAACAUUGGAGGAGGCCUACAAAGCCGUUGAUUCAAUGCUUGUAGAGGGCAUUUUUGGUUCCGCAGGCUACCGGGUCAUUGUUGAGGAAUUUGUUGAAGGAGAAGAAGCAUCAUUCUUUGCCCUGGUUGAUGGGGAGAAUGCCAUACCACUAGAGUCUGCACAAGAGUAUAAACGGGUUGGAGAUGGUGACACAGAUCCAAAUACUGGGGGAAUGGGGGCAUACUCCCCUGCACCAGUCUUAACUAAAGAACUUCAAAAUGUGGUCAUGGAAUCCAUUAUUCUCCCUACAGUUAAGGGCAUGUCAAUGGAAGGAUGCAAAUUCGUUGGGGUUUUAUAUGCCGGACUAAUGAUCGACAAGAAGUCUGGCUUACCUAAACUAACUGAGUACAACGUCCGCUUUGGAGACUCUGAGUGUCAGGUUCUGAUGGUACGUUUGAAGUCAGAUCUUGCAAAAGUUAUGCUAGCAACGUCUAGAGGAGAACUAAAAGGGGUCUCACUGAAGUGGUCUCCUGGAUCGGCCAUGGUGGUAGUAAUGGCAAGCAAGGGUUACCCUGGCUCCUAUGAGAAAGAGACUGUGAUUCGGAACCUUGAAGAAGCAGAGUGUGUUGCUCCUGCCGUCAAGGUGUUCCAUGCUGGAACAGCAUUUGAUUCAGAUGGCAACUUGAUUGGUACUGGUGGCCGUGUUCUUGGGAUUACAGCUAAAGGAAGAGAUCUUGAAGAAGCAAGGGAUAAAGCUUACCUAGCAGUUGAAGAAAUCAACUGGCCUGGAGGGUUCUACCGGCAAGAUAUUGGAUGGAGAGCAUCUCCUCAAAAGCAAUUUUCUAGAAAUGCUUAGGUCAACAUUAAAAUCAUGCGCACUACUUUUGACUAAACAUCUUACAAUAAUUAGCUCUUACACCCAUUGAGAAAUGAAAUCACCUCUAUGAAAGACUUGAAGAAUUUGUAACUCUGAAAGUUCUACAUUCCUGAAAAUCCAUUGCCCUGUUUCUGUA